AUGAUAAAUAGAAAAAGCGAAUCUGUGAGCUUUACUCCCAGAGCAAUUACUAACAGACCAAUCAGCAGCAAUCGAAGAAGGGGACGUAACGAAAUAACAGAUGAACAAAAAAAUGAAAUAAAAGAAGCUUUUGAUUUAUUUGAUACAGAAAAAACAGGAAAAAUUGAUUAUCAUGAGUUAAAAGUAGCCAUUCGAGCUCUUGGAUUUGAUAUAAAGAAAGCAGACGUAUUAGAGUUGAUGAGAGAAUAUGAUAAAACAAAUUCUGGUCAUAUUGACUAUAAUGAUUUCUUAGACAUAAUGACCCAAAAAAUUAGUGAAAGAGACCCAACAGAAGAAAUCAUAAAAGCCUUCAAAUUGUUUGAUGAUGAUGAUACUGGAAAAAUUUCUUUAAAAAAUCUUAGAAGAGUGUCAAGAGAACUAGGAGAAAAUUUAUCUGAUGAUGAAUUGCAAGCCAUGAUAGAUGAAUUUGAUAAAGACAUGGAUGGAGAAAUAAGUCAAGAGGAAUUUUUAAGUAUUAUGAAGCAAACAAGUCUAUAUUAA